AUGAGCAACGCGGAGCGUCUCCGCCGCGGCCUGCCGAUCCGCUCUCCCUUCGCCGCGCGCAGCUUCGACGGCAACGGCGGCCGUCCCGACCACCCCCAGGGCGGCGCCCCAGGCCAGCAGAAGGACAAGCACGACGGCGAGCACGACAACGGCAAGGGACCCGGCGACCGUGGCAAGAACCGUGGCGGCGACAAGCACGACGGCUGGCACGGCGACGCCUCCUGCGUCCCCACCACCGUCACUGUGACGACCAGCACCAAGACGCACCACGUGCCCACGCAGCACACGCUGACGCGCACCGAGUCGUCGUGCGCGGGCCCCACCAAGACUGCCAAGGACUGCAAGACUAAGACGACGCAGGCGCCCCCCGUCACCAAGACGAAGCACUGUGACCGUGGCAUUGCUGCUGUUUCUGACAUCCCAGGGGUCAACCACGACUACACCCAGACCAACACCGAGUACGGCGCGCGCUGCACUCCUCGUGUUCACAGGAACUAA